CAGCGGGAUCGGUGUUCAUGCACAUUUAAUUUUUUUCCUGAUGGACCCAAGCCCUAACUUGAUGACAAAGAAAAGAGGAAGGAGAAAAUGUAGCUACAAGAAAAUACAAAUAAAAGACAAAUUACGAAAGAGAAAACAAAGGUUGGCUAGACGUUUAUCAAGUAAAUUAGGAAUUACACAAGAAAUAGAACAUCUGCCCACCAGUGAAAUAGGAAUUACACAAGAAAUAGAGCAUUUAUCUACCAGUGAACUAGGAAAAACACAAGAAAGAGAGCAUUUAUCUACCAAUGAAAUAGGAAUUACACAAGAAAUAGAGCAUUUAUCUACCAGUGAAUUAGGAAUUACACAAGAAAGAGAACAUUUACCCACCAGUGAAAUAGGAAUUACACAAGAAAUAGAGCAUUUAUCUACCAGUGAAUUAGGAAUUGCACAAGAAAGAGAAAAUUUACCCACCAGUGAAUUAGGAAUUACACAAGAAAGAGAGCAUUUAUCUAACAGUGAACUAGAAAUUACAGAGAAAGAAAAAAAGAAAAAUAAGGUGUUCAGCCGCUUGAGAGACAAAAUACAGAAGAGAAGAGAAAGAGACCGGGCUCGGUAUUUAUCAAAAAAAUUAGCAAGAGAAAAAGAGAAUAAGGAGAAGAGACAAGGAAUACAGUGGUCAUCUACUGGUGAUUCAACCAUGAAGGUCAAGAGACAGAGUCCUGCCACAAAAGCCAAGAAGAAUAAGGUCUACAGAGCUACAGUCCUCAAGUCUAGGAUGGAGACAGCAAAAGGGAUACAGACCAAGGUAAAAAAAAACAAGAAGAUGGAAGAUGCAUCAACGACUUUUCCAGAUGAAAUCAGCCAAUCCAGAAAGAGGAAAACCUCCUUGAUGUCUCCUUCUAUUUAUGUCAGCAAAUCGAGAAGGAUGAAAGAUGCAUCAACGUCUUUUCCAAUUGAUGUCAGAAAAACCAGAAAAAGGAAAGCUUCUCCGAUGUCUUCUUCAAAGAGCAAAGAAGUUACAGGGAAAAAACGAGCUGUCAAGCCUAGUCAGAAGAGGAGGGUUACACCCAAAAAGAAGCAGGACGACGAAUUAUCAUCCUCGGUCUCUGAUGAUGAAACUGAUGACUCAGACGAUGAAAUAGCUCCUGGACUCCUCGUUAGGCUUGCCAUACCUUGGGAUGUAAAUCCACAGUUUAAAUGCCUCUAUAGAGAACAAGACCAAGUAGAAUAGACUCUGGGAGGGGGACCACCCACAGCUCCUGGAAUCAGGGUGGGACUUUUGUCCAGGAGGCAUGACAGAGAGUAGGAAUGAGAAAUGACCUCCAAACAUCAAACAGGAAUUACUUAAGACUGGAGAAAACAUCAAAAAACAGUGCUCAGAAAGUUCAUAUUCCUGGAAUAACAGAGGCUGUAAAAAGUUUACAUUGGAAUCGAAAGAAAUAUGAAUUAACAAUGUCUUUAGAAAGACAGCAUGUACUAAUAAGGGAUUGUCUUAAAAUUCCAUCAAAGCACCAGAAACUUUGUACAGGCACUCUAAACUUAGACUUUCUGUAGAGGAAACAUUUAUGUAUGUAUUAAAGUUGUAUUGUACUGGUCAGACAAGUUAGAUCACUGUGGUGACUCGGUAGAGCAUCAGACUAUCAUUAAUGAGAUCUUGGUUGGAAUCCUUUUCUGACCCGUCACAUUUUUCCUUAUUGGUUACAAUAUACACAGCUGGUUACUGUAAAUUCUGACAGGAUAUUCAUUGUUGGUCUUAGAUACCUUACUGGUUCAAAUGUGUAUUUAAAAUGCAAACAGAAAAAGUUUUGCACUUAUAUAUUUUGAACUUUAAUGUUUUCUCUUGACAAUUUACAUGAUAAUUUAAGUAUACCUAUCUUGUAAAUUAUCUGUGUAUUGGAGUAAGUUUGACUCUGUUUUUAAAGUGAUCUUUGUAAAUACCUGUAGAUUAUACUGAGAAUAUUUUUAAAAGCUUGCCUUUACAUUUUACGAUUUUUUCACUUUAAUUCUGUGUUUGAUCAUUUUACUGGAAAGCCGUUCUUAUUACAGUCCUCAGUACAAUUUUACUGAAGGUAGACUUGUUAUUGAUUGGGAAGGGAGAAGAUGUGGACAUUUGAUGUGUUCUGAUUAUGAAGGGCAGCUAUAUUGAACAUGUUACAAAAUAGUAUUGAAGGGAUCCUCACAACAUCGUGUUCUGUGUCCACUUGUGGCCAUGGAACCCCUGACAAACGCAGGUAGCUUUAAUGGUUAGGGAACAGAAAAGUUUAUACUAUAGGAAAGUACCUGUCUUACAUUAUUUUUUCUGUCUGUAAACCUCAGUCAGAUACAUAUUCAGUAUCAGAUUUUGAUUCCACCAACAGUGUUGCCAUUUUAUUGGGAUAAAAACUUCUGUAAAAGUCUUUCAAAAGGCUACUGAUUCUGCAGUUUUAGCCGGAUUGCUGUAAAUCUUGGUAUCUUGAAGUCUGUCAGAGAUCAUACAGCCCUCAGUGAACUUGGACCGAGAUGUUGUGGGGAUCCAUUGUAUGUAGGGAUUGGAUGCAUACUUUUGUUUUCAAGACUGUGACUUAAUUUGUGUAUCUUAGUUGAAUGUUAGAUACAAAUGUAUUCACAUGUAUGUUUAUUAAUUGGCUACACUUUGCCUUCAUUGUUUCUCAAACUUUCUUUCUUAUAAUUUGUGACUAUAAUGUUUAAGUAUUGUACUUAGCACUUAGUUUGUUGCAUUCUUGGUGAAAAAGCAAUUUAUAUUUAUAAUGUUUUUAACAUUUUCUGUAAACGGUAAAUCUUAGGUAGAUAAAUCUAAAAUAUC